GCCGCGGGGCGACUGGCAAGGGCGAGCGGCGGAGCGGCGCGGGACCAUCGCGUUCACAGACGGCUCUGGGUUUGCCAGCAGCAUGCCCGAGCUGAGGCGCUGCGGUUGGUCGCUGGUGCAGUUGGGGGCAAAUGGGGCCCCAGUACGCGCGGCCUUCGGCGCGCUGCCUGGCCCGCUCCAGACCGCGGGGCGCGCCGCGCAGCAUGCGCUCCUGGAGGCAGCGCAGCUCCUUGGGUCGCAGGUGGAGUUCGUCGCCACGGACCUGCUGGCGCUGGCGCGAGAGGCGGGCUCUUCGGGCGAGGAGCUCGAGCAGGCGGGCGCCGCGCACGCCACGGCGUGGAGGCGCCUGCGCCGCCAGCCAAUUCGCCCCGACGCGUUCUGGAUCCCAGCCCAGAAGGGCGCCCAGAGUUACUUGGAGUUGGGCCUCCACCCGAUACCCAACGCGGGUAACAUGUGGGUUUACGUGGACGUCUACGGGAUCGAGGUGCAGCACCACAAGAAGGUUGCGGCCUACAUCGGGUGGGCCAUGCAGCGUUGCCUCCAGCUCGGCGAGCGGCAGCAGCCUGCGAAGGCGGCGCCGCCGCCACCUGCAGGACCAGCGCCACGCGUGGCGGUGGUGGAGCACGCGUUGGUCGACGUGGGUGGCCGUCGUGGGCUGCUCUGCAGGGAGUGCGGCAGGCGCUCACGGGCGCGGCAUGGCGCGGCGCUGCAGCAGUUCUUCAGGGCGGCAUGCGAGCCGUCGAGGCUGGCGCGCAUCAAGGCAGGAGCCGAG